AUGGCAUCCCAAGAUGUUGAUGAUGUUGACCUUGCCUUCCCGAAGGAGAGUGGCGACCUGAUUCAGGCCAAUGGCGAAGCUUCAGCCCCCGAAAGGUCAGAAGAACAGCUGGCUACUUCUAGGACUGUAGGCGUCGUGGAGAUUCGCAACCCAGAGCUUCUUCGCACAAUCCCGGUCCCGGAGGAGAUUGGCGAUCCGGUUUGCGCCAUUGAAAAAGCUUCAGCCGCCGAAAGGUCAGAAGAACAGCUGGCUACGGCUAGGAUUGUGGGCGUCGUUUCCGGCAUGGAGCUCCGCAACCCAGAACUUCUUCGCGCCGUGCCGGCUUGGGUGGUGCUGAGACAGCUUGGGCAAGUACUCCGGGACACGUCGAGCGACCCGGCCAAGCUGUAUUCGCUGAGUGAGCAGGUGCCUUUCAUCAAAGAGUUUUGGUCCCACAGCUGGCAUGGGAACCGGUUCAUGAAGAUCUGGCUGCUGCUCAUUCUCAAGAAUGGCUGCCCUGCAGUUUUCGUGGGCGGCCUCGUCUCCUUCCUUGCGGCAUUCCUGUCGUAUCUGGACAUCCUCCCGGGGUGGUACAAGGUGCCCCGAAUCCAAGGACCAGGCUACUCCGGCGAGUUCAGGCACAGCCCCUGGGGCCUCGUGAGCGGCCUUGUAGCCGCCUUUGUGACGCUGCUUCUGUGGCGAUCUGGAGACCCAGUGUUUCUGGAUCGGGUUUGCAUCCAUCAGGGAAACGAAGUCUUGAAGGCUCAGGCCAUUUUGCAGCUUGGCGCCCUCUUGAAAGGCUCCAGGACCCUCGUGGUGGUCUGGGACCCGACGUACCUCUCCAGGCUAUGGUGUGUGUUCGAGCUCGCGGCAUUUUUUCACAGCCACAAAGCAGACGGGCGAUCGAAGCUUGUGAUCAAGCACGUUGCCCUAGCACCGUUUGUGUGCUUUAUGGUGAUGCAGACGUCAAUUUUGAUGAUUAUGGAGAUCUCUUUGCCCACAAGUGAUCUUUUCAUCCUUUUGAGGGCGGUGUAUGUUUGUGGAGUGACGGUGCUAUUCAGUCACUUUCUUCUAAAAUUCUGGCACGACGUCGCUGUUGCCGAGCAGCAAUUUCGCAGGUUCAGCUGGCAUGCGGUCACUUGUGCGUGCUGCGCGGCAAAUCACCGUGCUGCAAAUGGAACACGCAUUCCAUGCGACCGGGCCAUCCUGGAGAAAUGCGUCGUGCAGUGGUUCGGCUCUGUGGAGGCUUUGGAGGCAUGCGUGCGGAAUGAAAUCUGUGAUGCUUUCGUCGCCCAAGUUAGUGGCGGCUUUCCUUUCGGGUAUUUUUGGCUCCUGGUUGGCAACUUCGGCGUUUGGUAUGGCCACGCGGACUUUUUUGCAGCACGGAUGCACGGAGGUGCGCACGGGUAUGCCGCCUCCCUCCUGGUCACAACGGUGGCGUGGUGGCUGUGGGUGGUGCCGACUAACCACCUCAUCUUCAGCAGGGUGGCACGAUGGAUGCAGAGGAAGCAGCAGGAGAAGCUUAGUGCUCCCGUUUUGUGCGCUGUAAAGUGUACGGGGUACUUUGCGAAUAUUCUGAAUUCCGGCAUUGCGUUCCUGUACCAGUCGUGGUGCUACGCUGUCCUCCUUGACCCCGUUCUUGGAGGCAUUGCAUUUGCGGGGACCGCCCUUCUCUGCGCAGCCUUGUCAUAUCGACGGCUUGCAGCCCGAGACGAGUUCAGUACCACAAAUGUGGGUUCUUGA